CAGCAUCGGUAUCAUCUAUGGUUUUGCGGCAAAUCAGUACAUGAGGACUCACGUGGAAGAGACUCGGAAAUUGUCAGACAGUAACUUCAACGACCUGAGAACUCUCCUGAAUGCGGUGCCAGGGCAAAUUGACUAUAUACUGGACCAGUUUACCCACACUAAGGAGAAAGCAUUUGACGAUCUGGAUAAUAUUAACUCAUUGCUGGGAGGCAGCAUUUAUGAGCGUCUCAGACCCAAAGUGCUCCCUGUGCUGAAGGACAUCAAGGCCUUGGCAGAAGACAUGAAAACUAAUAGAGCUACCCUGGUCCGACUGAACACUCUCUUAACGGACAUGAAGCAGUCGUCUGCACAUCUUCGCACCAGCCUGAGAGACAUGAAAACGAGCAUAGAGCAAACACUCACGGAUCCCCAGUGCUCCUUUCCUGUGACAGCGACCACGUGCGCCAGCAUCAGUCAGUCUCUGAGCGUCCUUGAUGGCAGCGCCAAUUUUGAUCAGCUCCCAUCUUUGGAUGGACACAUUGCUCAGCUUGAUGGACUUCUUCAAACAGAUUUGUCCAGCCUGGUCCAAAAGGCCAACGACUCUCUUUCUGACAUACCUGAGGAAGUGAAAAAUCAAACCAGAGACUUCAUAUCAGAGUUUAAAAAGACCUUGAAUUCCAUUCACUCUGAUGUCAAAAAUGUAAGCACAAAGAUUCCUAUUCAGAAGACACUGUCGAAUUUCGUCCGUUACAUUAAUAACUCUGAAGAUUAUAUCCUCCACUAUUUACCCACUGUGGAAAAAUGCAAUUCAUACAGGUCAGUGCCCUCUUUGAGCAGUGCCACCAUGAGCGUGCAACUUGCUGGGGAGGGGGGUGAAAAUCUGACGAUAUAACCAGGAUAAUCUUAA